CCGUAGACUACGUUUAGUACAUUUUUUAUUCAGUUGGGUUCAAAUUUAAAACAUUGAGAAUGGAUGAACAUUCUAUAGAAUUACGAAUUUACGAUUUAUAUAUUAAUUACCACCCCUAAAAGAUUAAUCUAGUAGGUGAUGGCAUUAAAGUAGUAGAAAAACCACAUGGGUUUUGUGACCACCAAUUUUAUAACAUUUAAUUAAGGGUUUCUGACCACUCGUCCGGUAUAGAGCCGGUUUUGAAAGCUACAGAUAUUUCAAUUUUUAAUUCGCCAUGCAAAACACGAGGGAAUAAAAACAGCAUUUAUCAAGCACAGUUGUCAUUUGUUAUCUUUAGCUUCCCAAUGCGUCUCGAAGCAUCGUCCUCUCAAUAUAUAUACAAAUUCUCGCUAGUUUCUGUUCUGCUCACUUCAUUCACAAAGUUCUUGCAAGAUGACGAGUCACUACAGAAAGACCAUCUCUAUUGUUUCUCUCUUGUUUUGUCUCUUCAUCACAUCUGCGUCUGCACGUUCCUUCAUACGUCAAUACACUGAUGACUUUAACACAAAUCUUCAGCAGGAGAAUGGAGCAGGACCAAACCCAAACCUGGGAGAAGCGAACUACGAAGACAAAUAUCAAGAGAUCUCAUCUCGUGAUUAUAAAGUUUCAGCUUCAAACGCAGUGAAAGGUCUGAGAGAUCGUCCUCCAUCGUCUUACAUUCUCAAGAUGGAGUCUUUCAACACUCUCCUUAAGUCAAACUACGCAGAGAGAUACGAGUCUCGCCCUUUUGCAGUUGGUGGAUACAACUGGACACUUGUCGUGUACCCUAACGGGAACAAGAAGGACAGUGGUUCAGGGUACCUUUCUCUUUACGUAGCCAUAGACAACUCCACUCUCGUCGGUGCACAGCAAGAAGUUCUAGCAGAUCUCAGGUUUUACGUCUUCAACAAUAACGAGAGGAAGUACUUCACCAUCCAAGAUACUACUGUACGGAGAUUCAACGUCUUCAAAACAAUGUGGGGAUUCUCUCAGGUCCUCCCUGUUGACACCUUCAAAGAUACAAAAAACGGAUACCUCUACGAUGGAGAUCACUGUGAGUUUGGUGUUGAUGUGAUCAUUCCUUCUAUAGCUGAGAACUCAGAACUCUUCUCCGUCACUGAGAAGUUCUUUAACCCGACAUCCACCUGGACAAUUCGGGGUUUCUCCACCCUGCUUAAAGAUAGUUACCUAUCAGAUGUGUUCUCUAUUGGAGGAAGAAAUUGGAAUAUACAAGUGUAUCCAAAUGGUAGAGGCUCGGGGGAGGGAAAGUUCAUAUCCAUGUUUCUUAACCUUAACGAGAAGGAGAAACUCAGACCCUAUGAGAAGGUUUAUGUUCGAGCUAAGCUUCGGGUUCUUAACCAACGGAAACUCAAUAAUGUCCAAAGGCAGCUUGAUAGUUGGUAUAAUAGAGCAGUAGCUAGCUGGGGGUUUAAUCAGUUUAUAUCUUUUGAUGAUCUGAGAGAUUCAUCAAAGGGUUUCCUUGUGAAUGAUGUGUUGAUGGUUCAAGUUGAAAUGGAGGCUGUUUCUUCAACCAAGUACUUCCCCUAGUUAAAUUAUCUCUAAGCCAAUGAACUUGGAGCUCCAUGCUUUUUGCUUGGUUAUCAACCACCUAAUAAUAAGAUUCUGUGGGUUUGCUUCUGAAAUAAAUGUGUUGUUUUUUUUUUAAUCUCAAAGUCAAUAUCGAACUA